GUGGGAAGGGGAAGGUGGCGUCCCUGCACUCGCUUACCACCGGUGCUUCCUUCGCUUCGAGGAAGAUUUGGAAAGGAACGGGUGCCACAAAGAAGAGGGAUGGUGACGAGUUCGUCGCUGUCACCGAUCCUGGCUUCCUCCCUCGGGUUGAACCGCAUCAAGACGAGUUCAGGGCCACUGCCUCGGGAGGCUUUACGGGAAAGCAGGAUCACCGGAAUUGGGAGCAGCAACCUUAGAAGGGAGGGGAGCUGCUUCACUUCCUCUUCGGCGGGCACGGCUGCGCCAUCCGCUUCGGCUCUUUCAGGAGCUGGGAAGAGUAGCACGAAGAGGAAAGAUUCUCGGGGGCUUGAGACGGUUCCGGAGGUGCAUGUCAGCUCGUGGGCUGAUCAAGGGAGGAGUCAGUGCGAUCGCACUCUGCUGAAUGAAGUAACAUUGGCUACUUCUAUAGGAAAGUAUGACUUGCAAUCAGUUGUCACCAUUGAAACAACUCAGUGAUCUGCUUUUUUUGUAAUCCACGAGAAUUUUUGGUAAGUAAUGAAGGAUGAUCAAGUAUCAUUGUAGCUCUUCCCAAGAGCAUGUAGAAGUGUUAGUUCACCGUGUCAGGUGUCACAUUGAGAUUUCAGGUCCUGUUAAUAAUGAUUGUUUUUAAAUUAUUUUUUAGUCAAUGUAUAGAAUCGUCAAAACAUAUACCUAUGAAUGC